GGAGGUGUUAGUAGGGCCAGACUUUAUCACUCAACUCCUUUAUAUUGGGGGUCCUUUUUCAGCUCUACCUUCUAAGAUCUAGUCUGCAAUAGUUACUUUUGCAUAGAUGGAGGGAGAGACAUAAACAAAACUACUUAUUCAUCGGUCAGGGAAGUCCUGCCAAAGUCAUCCCGAACAUCUUAUUACAAGGACAGAGGAAACAGAUUAUAUUUUUUCAGCAGGAUAACUUACAGUUUUCCAAAAGUUAAACCACAUAUGCAUAUUUACUCACUCAAAGAAGCCAUUGCAAUAUGUUGUUUACCCUUGGACUUGUCUUUCUCCUAACCCCAUUUCCCUCCUUUCAAACCCCGACCAUUGAGAGUAGAGAUGCCAUAGGAAGCAAUAUGACCAAAACCAAUGCUGUUCUUACUUUUUCAAAACCAAAAACCACUGCUCCCCCUUCCAAAAAGAGUGGGCAUCCCUCCCUAAAGACAAACACAGUAACUGUGACAGUACCUACUGUAUCCUCCAACCAAAAAUCUACAAUAGCCAGUCCAAUGAUGACCAACAAAAGCAAGCUUAGUGUUGCAGUAAUUCAUACCACUCCACAACCAGCAGCAAAGGCUCCCAAAGCCCCUGUCAGUAACACCAACAGAGACAAACACAGAGUCAACCCAGCUACUUCAGCUAAGCAGCCAUCACUCAGUGAAGGAAGGACUAGCAAAGACAAGCCUGGACCUACUGGAUCACCCAAAGAUCAGACAACACUCACAAAGAUUUCAUCAGGCAGCACGUUAAAAACCAAAAACAAGCAUUCUGAUAAUCAAACUAUGUCUGCAAAAUCUCCUUCCACCAGUAAUGAGAAGAAUGCUAAAGACAAACCCAAUCAGAAUGUUCAGUCUAUUCUCCCCAGUGACAAUAAAACCACCAAGGACAAGACAACAGUUUCUGGUAACCAGACCGUCCAUGAUAUUCACCUCAGCAGCAGUGAUGACAAGUCCAAACACAAGCCUACAAUAAAUGUCCAGUCUUUGCCUACCAAUGGUAGCAAAAUUGCCAGCGACAAGCCUAGAGCCAAGCAUGACGAGAGGUCCAAAGAUUACCCUUCUCCAAAUGUUGUGACUUUACCCAGAAACAGUAAUAAAAUGACCAAAGACCAACCUACAGUAUCACCUACUCAAACUGUUUCUGAUGCUUCCCUUCAUAAUAGGGGUAGAAAUUCAAAGAACAAGACUACUCAAAAUACUCGGCCCUCUCCCAGUGGCACUAAGACCAUAAAUGAAAGCCAUAAGGUGAACCCCACCCACCCUCACAGCGGUCACGAGAUGACCAUAGAUAAGCCUGGUCAAAACAAAAAUCAAAGUGAAAAAACUGGUGGCUCAGAAGCAGAUAAAGAAACAGGCUCCAAGUCUAUAAGUCAUACUCCUUUAAUCGAUGCAGCCUGCACAGACAAUACAGCUUCUUCACAGCCCAUCGAAGUGGUUAUCAGUAAUAAUGAUGAGUCGAGCCACACAAAGGAGCAGAAGCUGACGCUGAAGCCUGGUGCUCCACUGGUGAUGACACAUAAGAUCAAGCUGCUACCUGGUGGGUGUACGGGGGGUUGUGAAGCCGAGAUGGUUGCUCUGAAAGAACGCCUGACCCGACUGGAAAGAGAGAUGUCUUCCCUAAAAGAGAAAUGUCCAUGUUCUGCAAAUUGCCCCAAUAACUGUAGUGACCAUGGGAAAUGUGAGAAGGGGAAAUGUAUUUGUCAUAAAGGAUUCAUAGGUCUUGACUGCAGCAAGUGUGCAAAAGAUGUUGACUGUAGCAAAAUAGAUAUCAAGAAGAAGAGUUCUGAAGAAACUGACUGUACACAGAAAGUGAUAUCGAGUACAACCAGUCGAUCUAAUCCUGACGCUCUUAGGAAGAAGUCCCACAGCAAAGAUUCUUCCAGUCCCUCUGCAAGCAGUCCUACUACAGUUGACGCUUCUCCAUCAAACAAUAACAAAAAUAAAGUAGAGGAGGCCCGCAGAGGGGAACCAGAAAUGAAGGUUCCUCCAUCAAAUGAUACAGAAAUUAGAAACGAAGAACGUACCAGGAAACCAACUUUUAAACCGCCACAUUUAAAAGACGAUCCUAAAGCAAAUGUCACACUGAGUAAAGAAAGGACCAGCAACAACACAAGUAAAAGCAAGAAUGAAAACAAAAAUAAGUCUGUGGAGCAGACCCCAGUGACAAACAAGAAUACUGCAACAGAACCAAAAAAGAAGGAUCAUCUGGAAAAGAAAAAUGAGCUAUCCAUUGAUUACGGAAAAAAUUCAACUCAAUCAAAAACGAACAUCAAAGUCCAUGAGAACAAGACAGCAAUCGUUGACUCUGGGAUGAGCACCAGAAAACAUGGAGGUUUAGGAUCAGUGAAGGCUGUGAAUAUCUCUUCCUCUAGCUUCAUCAUCACAUGGUUAGCUCCACAACAUAUGUUCAAGAACUUUACUGUGAUCAUGAGACAGCCUCAGGCAGGUAGUGCCAAGGAUGUUAAUGGGGCAGAGGGAACUAUGGAAAAAGACUUGAUGUCUAACAAUAGGAACUUGACUGAGGUCCAAACAGAGAGCAUCAACAAAACUGUCUCCUCUGGUAAAAGUAUUGGAUCGAGAGGUAAAACUGAAACCAAGAGGAUCUCAAGAGUGGUGCCUGGCAGUGUGCGAUCCUUGGAGUUUAGCAAUCUCAAGGCAAACACACAUUAUGUUGUACAUGUAUAUGGCAGUACAGCAAACAAGAGGUCGACGAUUCACAGAGUUACAGCAACCACAGGUCCUGAGCCACCAAAAGAACUGGUUUUCAGUAAUGUAACAGAGUCUUCUUUGGGUAUUUCGUGGACCAAACCAAACAGCAUAUUUACAGGAUUCAGGAUAACAUACAUUAACAUUGUAACAGGGAAGAGCCAGUUUGUGACUGUGGGACCUCAACAGUCAAAUGUGGUUCUGUCCAACCUGUCUGCUGGAUCAUCCUACAUCAUCAGUGUUAGCACAACCAAAGGAAAGGCUUACAGUGAUGAACUCACCUCAGUUAUUACCACAGUACCCGCCCCUCCAACAAAUCUUCAAGUCAUCAAUGUAACAGAUAACAGAGCUUUGCUCAGAUGGACACCCAGCCUGGGAAAAGUGGACCGUUUCAUCAUUAGCUAUGAGUCCUACAAGACUCCCAAUGUCACGGUAACAGUGAUGCUUUCGGGAAACUCAGUGCAGUACCAGCUGAAAGGCCUACAGAAAGGUACACUCUAUAAGGUCAAAGUGAGGACCCAAAAGAACAGCCUCCAGAGUAUGGGGAUGUCCACUACAUUUAUGACAGCCACUGUGGUUAAACCCAGGGAAGUUGGCGCUCGUUCUGCCUUGAUUUCUUGGGGACCUUCCGCUGUUUAUCAAAGCUACAAAGUGAUCUAUCAGGCUGAAAAAGAGGAAGCAAAGGAAGUAAUCCUGGAGCCAACCUUGACAGAGUAUAAACUGACCGGCCUGAUGCCUUCAUCAUCUUAUUUUGUUGUGGUACAAGGCGAGAAAAAUGAGAAGUAUACAUCCCUGGUCACAUCACAGUUCGUCACUGGGAAGCUGCGUUUUCCGUUCCCCACUGAAUGCUCACAGGAAUUGCUAAAUGGUGCUCUUGAGUCCGGGGAAGUUAACAUCUACCCUCAAGGAAAAGAGGGGCAUUCAGUGAGAGUCUACUGUGACAUGGAGACAGAUGGGGGCGGAUGGACGGUUUUCCAGAGAAGGAUGAAUGGCAAAACAGAUUUCUUCAGAACCUGGAGUGAAUACAAAGCUGGUUUUGGAAAUCUGAGUGAAGAGUUCUGGCUUGGAAAUGAGCUUCUGCACAUCCUCACCAAUAUGGGCCCUGUGAGUUUGAGAGUGGAUUUAAGAUCUGGAAAUGACACAGCUUAUGCUCGCUACACCAACUUCUCUGUUGCUUCAGAAGAGAGGAACUACACUUUGACUGUAUCCGGAUACACAGGAACAGCAGGCGACUCAAUGAGGUACCAUAAUGGACGUCCAUUCUCAACCCGAGACAAGGAACCAAACUCUCUGGGAAUCCACUGUGCCAAAGCCUACAUGGGGGGCUGGUGGUACAAAAACUGCUACAAAGUUAACCUCAAUGGCCUUUAUGGCAUGAACAGUGAUAAUCAGGGAAUAGUCUGGAUAGACUGGAAAGGCAAAGACUCCUCUAUUCCAUUCUCUGAGAUGAAGUUCAGACCCUCCCGGUUUUCCCCAGCAACUCAUGGCUAAAGAUAUUUCAAGCUCCAAGACUUGUACAUAUCUGCAUCUGCAUAUGUUUCCCUAAAUUUAAUUCCAUGUAGGAAUUUCUUACAGUACAAAAAUGCUGGGGCUAUUGUCUUGUUUGCUUCAGUGUGAAAUGUUUUUCUGAGGUGUUCUUAGAGGAAAUGGAACAACAAGGUGAAGGAAAUGGUUCAUUGUAUCUUCUGUAUGCCUUCAAACACUUUUUCUCAGAUGAGAUUUGAUCUGUUUGGAAUCUGAUAAGUGUCUGUGUCUUACACAUAUUAAUCCCACUAUUACUGUAUUAUUAUGCACUGUCAAUUGGAAUAAACAUUGAUAAAGUGGG